GCCGCAUGCGGCCGGCCGCCCCCGGGGAAGUCUACCGAGCCUUCCACGUCCUCGAGAAGCCCGAGAAGACGGUCACCUUCGAGAUGGAUGUACGGCCGCCCACGAGGGGCCGCAGUGUAUCACGCAGCGGCCGCGGCAGCCGCUGCUCCGACGACCGUGGUAGCUGCUCGCUGGACCGUGCGCUGUCCCCAGGCUACCGGAUGCACGUGCUCAAUGUGGACGACAACGGCAACAGCGCUCCACAGCGUCAGCCAGACGUCACCCCAACCGACACUGAAGGCAUCGCAGCCGCUCCAAGGCCUACCUCGCCCACUGCACGCCGUGCUUCAUCACCACUACCUCUUCCACGACGUCGUGGUAGUCACAUAAGACGUGACAAUGCUAGACAUGCAUUUAUUGUCCUAGAUAAUGAUAAUGGCAACAAUGAUAAUGGUAACAACAGUAACUUAAAUAAUAACAACAACACAACCGGAAGUGGAAUGCUUGAUGUUCCUAGGGGACGAGGAGGGUGGGUACCCUCCUGGUAUAAUGCUCCAACUUCUAUUUAAGAAAUAAUCAUAUAGUAUAUGUAGCUCUCUCCUCAUUUGUGAGAUGAAUAUCAUCAUAAAAAAUUGUGGAUGUU